CGGAUAUAAACAUGAAAUGAAAUGGUCCUUAUUUGGCUCGUUACGGCGCAGUUUACUAACCGCGUGUUUGGUUAGACUCGUUUAAAUUUCAACUUUAAUUCGGUUCACUGGCUUUCUGCACGGGUCAGUAGUUUUGAGUCGCAUAAAGGUCCUCGGGGGUGUCUGAUUUUUUUUUAUCCGCGUCAAGGAUCUGAACAUCUUAUCUCUGAACUGUAAGUAAAAGUCCAAUUCCAGUAGAUCUUCUGAUCAUGCAUCUGGUGAUUCGCCGGUACCGUCCCUCAGACAAGGACACUGUGGUGAGCCUCUUCAGCACCGGCAUCCAGGAGCACAUCCAUCCGAGCUUUCAGAACGCCAUGACCAGCCCCCUCUACAUCAGCAUCACCCUGGCUCUGCUGGGGGCCGGCUACCUCUUCAGCUCCGUUUCUGUGGCUGUUCUGUUUCCAGCAGCCUGGAUGGGCCUCGUCUACUACUGUUGUCACGAGCUAUACGCCGGCUACGUGCGGGAGACGCUUCGGACGGAUAUGCAGGACAUAGUUGGGAAUUACCUGAGCAGACCGGACGACUGUUUCUGGGUGGCCGAGGCUGAAUUUGAAGGGAGGGUGCAGGUUUUGGGUAUGGUGGCUGUAAUGGGGCAGACGAGUGGAGGAGAAAAACAAGGGGCGAUGUUCAGAAUGAUCAUCUCGCCGCGGUGCAGGCGUAUGGGUCUGGGCUACAGGAUGACUCAGACUGUGAUAGACUUCUGUAAGGAACGAGGUUUUUCUAAGGUGGUCCUGGACACCAGCUCCACUCAGACGUCUGCCGUGGCCCUGUAUGCUAAACUGGGCUUCAGACACGUCCUCUCACACAACGCAACACACGUUCCCUCCUGGCUUGUUCGGCUGACUAAAGUCACAAUUUUAAAAAUGGAAAAGCAUUUGUAAGUCUUUGAUCCGCCAGUUAUUAUCAGCCCAAAAGCGCACACUAAUGAAAACGAUGUGUCACGGUUUGGUUGUUUAGUUCCUGUUUUAUUUUAAAACCCGUGUCUUUGUGCUUCAGUUCUGUCUUGGCUUCCCUUGUUCCCGUCUGCCCUGAUUGUCUGCACCUGUGACUGCGUUUACAUGCAGUCAAAAUUCGGGUUAUUGCUAAUAUUCCGGUUACUGAAACAUUCGGAAUAUUCAGUUUACAUGCGUGAGCAAACAGGGUUAUCCAUGUGUACAUGGUAAUUAAUCAUUCGGGAUAUCCCGAUCAAACCAGCGACGCACGGAAAACGUGAUGACGCAAUAAGCGUAAUUUCCGCUUCUUCUUCCUGUAUCCAAAUUCAAAACAAAUGCUGCCUUUGCGCAACUUUUCGCUCACCUUUUUGUAAAUCUCGCUAUCCCCGUACUUUCUACCGUCUACAAAUGCCAAAAUGUUCAUAUCCUUCAUUACAUUUAUGAAGUGAUUAGUCUCCUCCUCACUCCAAAAGUGUGGCGUGGUCUUGCGUUUCUCCGUGUUUAUAAAAACUUCCUGGACUCAAAAGACCAGGAUUCCUUGCGAACAGAGCAUGCGCAGAAAACAAAUUCAUGUUCCGUUUGAUCGGGAUAUUCCGUUUGGCGUUUACAUGACCGAAUAUUCAGGUUAUAAAAGGAGUAACCCAGGGGUCAUAUUCGCGUUUUUAAAAACCGGAACAUGAGCAAAUUCGGGUUAUUCAAAGGGGUUAUUGGUGUUUACAUGGCCGUGCAAAUUCGGGUUAUUGCCAAUAUUCUGGUUUUAAAAGGGUUAUUGACUGCAUGAAAACGCAGUCUGUGUCUCGCCAAUCCUUCUGUGUAUAUCUUGUCUUGUCUUUCCCGUGUUCCCUGCUGGUCCGUACUGUUUCCUCCCUCUUUGUAUCCUGUCAUGCUUUUGGAGUAUUCAGUAAUGUUUAAGCUCUUAUUUUGCAAUCCUGCUAAGCAGCGCUUUUCUUUGAUUUAAGUACAAUAAAUCACUAUUUUUGGAA